AUGGCGUCUCUCUUGUCCUCCAACCCACUACGGACUCGCAUUUUUGUAUGCGACACAUGUCGAAGUAGUCUCCGCCUCGAACGCAAUGCCCGAUCUGCUGUACCUCGAACUUUGACCACUGCGUCAUGGCAAUCACGACAAUACAGACGCAACCAACCCAACUACCUCCCAACGCUGAGGUUCUCACCACGCCCCUACCAUGAACAGCGUACUUACUCUUCUGCAACUCGUCCAACCAACUCGGGCACCACACCGCUUCCCCAACGCCGCCUGCUAUCUCUCUCUGGCCCCGAUGCCGCCAAGUUUCUCCAAGGCCUAAUAACGAACAACGUCGAUCCUCAGCACCCUUCCCCGACUCCCUUCUAUUCCGCCUUCCUCGAUGCUCGUGGCAGGGUGCUCUGGGAUGUGUUCAUCUGGGUUUACCCCGAGCUCGUCGCGGAGAAGGGAGCUUGGGCGUGUUAUAUCGAGGUUGAUGCGGAGGAGGCGGCAAGCUUGAAGAAGCAUCUGAAACGUCACAAGUUGCGGAGCAAGAUCAAUAUCGAAGAUGCGGAGGGGCUGAUGGUGUGGGCUGCAUGGGGAGACAUGUGUGAGAAGAUGGAUAACGAGGGGGUUGUGGUGAGCAUGCACGAUCCAAGGGGUCCAGGCCUUUGGAGGGGCUUGGUUAAAGAUAACAUGACCACUUUGGGGGAAAGGGAUGUUGUGGAUGAAGUGCAGUACCGUAUAAAGAGAUACCAACUCGGCAUCCCCGAAGGACCCCUUGAAAUCCCUCGAGAAACCGCACUACCUAUGGAGCAUAACAUCGACCUUUCCAGCGGUAUAGACUUCAAAAAGGGUUGUUACGUUGGUCAGGAGCUCACUAUCCGCACAAAACACACGGGCGUCGUUAGGAAACGAGUGCUACCCGUGACGCUUUAUACCAUGUCUUCCACCACAGAGACCAGCAUUUCCCCAGAACAAGACGUCGAUCUAUCUUUCAACGCGGAUUUCCCCGAACUGCCACCAGGCGCUGAUAUCAAGCCACUGGACUCGGCCGGACAGCCUAAAAAAGGUCGCGCAUGUGGGAAAUUCAUUGCCGGCGUUGGGAAUGUCGGGCUUGCGCUUUGUCGGCUAGAGAUUAUGACGCCAAUGAAGAUUAGUGCUGAAGGUGGGAGCUGGAAACCUGGGACGAAGUUCGGGGUGAGCCUCGGGACACAAGUAGAAGAUGGGGAGGAGCGAGGAGGAGGGGAUGAAAUAGCUGGGGUGCGAGCGACGUUGCACGACUGGUUUUUGGUCAAGGAGAGGGACUUAUGGGAUAAGAACCGGACCAGGAUAUAA